AUGACUACAAGCCCACCAAAAGUGACAUUCCCGAGCAUUGAUUCUGCUUAUUUUCCACUGGCAGCACCAAUCACCCAUCUUCCUUUCCGGCGAAUCUCACUGCCAAGCGUACCUAGCUCGAGCUUGGUAUCCGCUCAACACCGCCAGUCUGUCGCCAGUUUCGCCUCAUUUGAUUCACUGCCCGAGGAGCCAGUCGUCAGGCGUCCUAAACGUCGUUCGCUCAAUCGUAAACAUUCCAGGACACCUGCACCAGCAGAUGCAGCACAAGAGGCAAAGCGCGCGAAAGUAAUAAGAGAGUUUUGGGAUACAGAAAGAAGUUAUGUGCAGGGACUGGAUCUGGUGCAUGAUCACUUUUUGAUACCGAUCAUAGCGACGCUGGAUAGUCCUCGUCCGCUCCUUACGCGCACAGAAUUGACUACCAUUUUCUCAAAUUUUAUUGACAUUUGGAACUUCCAUCAUGCGUUCUUCAGUGCGUUGACCGCACUCCUCCAUCCCUCGACACCCCACCUCGACACCCCACAUUCGCCUCCAAAUCCGAACCCAGCACCAAUUUCACCCCUCCUUCUCUCGCACCUCCCUUACCUAUCUCUCUACACCCCCUUCAUAACCACAUUCCCAAGUUCUAUAUCCUUCCUCGCGCGUCCCCCAGCACCCUUUGCCCUAUUCCUACGAGCCCAAGAGCGCGAUCCGCGCUGCGGGAAGCUGAAACUCGCAGAUUGGCUCCUGAGCAUCGUACAAAGAUGCCCAAGGUAUGUAUUAUUACUCAGGGAAAUGAUGAGCGUAGAAAGGAGAGAAAAGGAAGGGGAGGGAGAGUGGGAUAAACUCGGGAAGGUCCUUGCCCUUGUCGAGAAAGGUGGGUUUGCUCAUUUGUCCCUUUCCCCUCCUCUAAAUCAAAUUACAACCAGUGACAUCCUCUCUCAAUGCGUCUCUUCACGCACACGCGCAUACACUCGCCCUCCUGGCGUUGCAACGCGCCACCCUCGGCCUCCCGCCUACCUUACACUUUUGUCCAGCCAGGCCGCACCUUGGUCUUCCGCGCCCCUUUCAUGA